UAAUAAUAGAUAGACGCACAGAAAAAUCGAAAUCAUACGUUGCGAAUUUGUUUUCUUUUCCGAUGGAAGCGCUUCACGCAUCGCUAGGCCGGCGAACAUUAGAAGAGAUAAGACAAAAGAGAGCAGCUGAGAGAUUAAGCAAAGCUUCAUCUGGUCCAGAUCUAACCAAAAUUCCAACCCCUAAUGAUAAUGCUGGAAUGAGAAAAUCUGAGAGCGGAAAUCGUCUCUCCGAGACGGAUAUUGGUGGUUUAGUAUCUCAGCUAAAAGAUCUACAGAAAAGGAAUGCAGACUUGGAGGAAAGCAACGGCAUCUUAUCUUUAAAGCUUCAAACCAAGGAUGUUGAGAACGAAACGCUUCAGAAGCGCUUAAAUGAUCUGGAACAAAAUGCUGUACCAUCUUUAAGAAAAGCACUUAGGGAAGUUGCAAUGGAGAAAGAUGCAGCUGUUGUUUCACGGGAGGACCUUUCAGCCCAGCUUCGCACACUUAAGAAACGUCUAAAGGAAGCAGAAGAAGAACAAUACAGGGCUGAGGAAGAUGCAGCAGUCUUGAGAGCAGAAUUAAACUCAAUGCAGCGACAAGCUAUGAGUAAUCAUCCUGGUGAUAUAAGCUCUAUGAGUGUAUCACAUGAUCAAGUGCAAAGCUUGGAAAAGGAAUUAGCUGGCUUAAAGUCUGAAUUUCAGCAAGUGUCAUUAUUGAGGCAACAAGAGCAACAAAGAUUAGCAGAGGAGCAAUCCCGAACCUCUGCCCUCACGUCUGAAAAGCAGCAGUUGGUUGAGAAACUUGCAGCUCUAUCCAGAACAGUCUCAGAAGAAGCAUCACAAAAUCUGGUCCCUAAGGCCUUUACAGUGGAAGACAAGGAGAAACUUGAGAAGCAGUUGCAUGAUAUGGCUGUAGCAGUUGAGCGAUUGGAAAGUAGUAGACAGAAACUUCUAACGGAGAUUGAUUCCCAAUCUUCAGAGAUAGAGAAACUUUUUGAGGAAAACUCCAGUCUCUCAUCUUCUUGUCAAGAGGCCACGAGCAUAGCAAAACAGUGGGAGAAUCAGUUGAAGGACUGCCUUAAGAAAAAUGAAGAGCUUCGUGUAAUGAUUGAUAAGUUGAGAACAGAACAGGCUAAUUUACUGUCAAACGAUAGGGAGAUCCUGGGAGGCUCAGCAGAAAGGCAUAGAGAUGGGGUAACUGAGACUGGCUCACAUGCACAUGCAACUGAAAUUCUAUCACUCAAGGGCCAACUUGCAAAAGAACAGAGCAGAGCAGAAGCAUUAUCAGCAGAGGUCAUGCAGCUGUCAGCAGAACUGCAACAAGCCACACAAGCAUACAAUGGUCUUGCACGCCUCUAUAAACCAGUUCUUCGGAACAUCGAGAGCAGCCUCAUCAAAAUGAAGCAAGAUGGCUCCGUGGUUGUGCAGUGAAAAGAAAGCAGUUUGCUGGAGAUGUUAUUGAAUUUUUACCAGUUCGUGGCAAUUCUUUGUAUUAGAAUUCUUGCAAAACAUUGCCUGGUUUUAGGAACAAGUCUCACAUGUAUUUAAAGAAAUAUGUUUUGACUAGGUUUUACAUUUUAUUAAUAGGUUUGAAACGCCCAACAGAGAGAAAUGAAAAGAAAAUUCAUGACUUCA